AUGAGCGAGGCGGCCGCCUCCUCCCAGGGGCCCUCCACGCCCCGCCGGGGACCCCCCAAGUUCAAGCAGAGGCAGACGCGCCAGUUCAAGAGCAAGCCGCCCAAGAGAGGGGUCAAAGGGUUCGGCGACGACAUUCCCGGCAUGGAGGGGCUCGGGACAGACAUCACCGUCAUCUGCCCGUGGGAGGCGUUCAGCCACCUGGAGCUGCACGAGCUGGCGCAGUUCGGCAUCAUCUGAGCCGCCCGGAGGCGCGGGCCCCGCCCCCCUCCGACACCGACCAAUCAGACCGCGCCCCUCGACAACAACGACCAA